AUGUGGAAGAUUUCGGUGGAGGUCGUGUUCGAGUACUCGGAUUAUGGCAGUUUUGAGGCCAAGAUGGCCUUCGGCAAGAGAGAGCUCAAGUAUCGCAACGAGAUGGGUCAAAAGCCUUCCCGUCGCUCGAACGCAAGGAGCGUCGUGCGUGUAAAAACGGUCGACGCUCAUGACGGGUCAGCGGGGGACUUCCUACCAAAACCUACGCACAAACGACAUGUACUAUUGGCACCGACUGUGAGCGUCGUGAGGGAUGGUGAGGCAAGUGGGAUCAUGCUGAACUUAUAG